CACAAAGUCAUUCCUGCUUCAAUCAGUUACCUACCGAAACAAGAAAACCUCACACUACUAAGUGUUUGUUUUCAGUGUCAUCUCUUCUCAUGGCCGGAAAAGACAGAAUCCUCGUAUUGGGACCGACAGGGGCCAUUGGAAGACACAUAGUGUGGGCAAGUGUGAAGGCUGGGAAUCCAACGUAUGUGUUGGUUAGGGACACUCCAGCCAAUGUUAACAAACCAAGGCUCGUUACAGCUGCAAAUCCUGAAACCAGGGAUGAACUCCUUCAGAACUUCCAAAAUUCUGGAGUUUUUCUAAUCCAAGGAGACAUGAACGAUCAUCAGAGUCUCGUCAACGCCAUCAAACAGGUUGACGUCGUCAUCUGCUCUUUCGGGAGACUACUCAUAGAAGAUCAGGUCAAGAUCAUUGCAGCAAUCAAAGAAGCUGGAAACGUCAAGAGAUUCUUCCCAUCUGAAUUUGGACUGGAUGUGGAUCGUCACGAUGCAGUUGAACCAGUGAGAGAAGUUUUUGAGGAAAAAGCAAAAAUCCGGAGAGUAAUCGAAGCCGAGGGAGUCCCUUACACCUACCUAUGCUGUCAUGCUUUUACCGGUUACUUCUUACGUAACCUGGCACAGAUUGAUAUCACUGUUCCUCCUCGGGACAAGAUAUUCAUUCAAGGAGAUGGAAACGUUAAAGGUGCAUAUGUGACCGAGGCUGAUGUGGGAACUUACACAGUGGAAGCAGUGAAUGACCCUAACACAUUGAACAAAGCCGUGCAUAUAAGACUUCCUGCAAAUUAUUUGACCUUAAAUGAGAUUGUGUCUUUGUGGGAGAAAAAGAUUGGAAAGAGUCUUGAGAAAAUCUAUGUUCCAGAGGAAAAGGUUCUGAAGGAUAUUCAAGAGUUGUCUUUCCCAAAUAAUUACCUGUUAGCAUUAUAUCACUCACAGCAGAUAAGGGGAGAUGCAGUGUAUGAGAUUGAUCCCACCAGAGACGUCGAGGCUUCUGAGGCCUAUCCUCAUGUCAAGUACACCACCGUAGAUGAAUAUUUGAACCAGUUUCUCUGAUUUCUCAAAUUUGAGGAACAAAUGCAAUCUUAUGAUGCCUAUGCAAAAUGCCCAAUAAGACUAAUGAUGUCGUUUUCCCUUUUUUAUUAUUCUCUCCAAAUUCCUUCGUUUACCU